UGUACGCUCGGUGCCGGUUAGUGUUUUGCUGAUUUAAAUGCCGCAAUUUGGUGCCCCAAAGAGACGACGAUGAGCAAGAAAGACACGGAGAAUGUGUGCUUCUGGUUGCCGAACCAGAACACCAGCAAGAUGGACGUACUCACGCCGCAUAAGCUCGUGCUGGUCUUUCUCAUCCAAGAGUACACGCAGCUCAAGCGGAAGGUGGAAGAAACCCAGCAACCGGCGGAUUUUGGGGCGAAACAUCGGAAGCGGUUCUACCUGCUGCUGCUCAAGCUUAUCCAGCGCCCCGAUAUGCCGUACAAGGAUCUGUACGGCCUGAUCACUUCGCCCGUGUACGGCGUACACCCGGUACACCUGGAGGAGUUUCUGAAGCUGAUGAAGAUGCUCAAAUCCGUUGGCAUCGAUGUGCUGUUCGAUCUGCACAACGAAAUCGACAAACUGAUCUCCGGCAGCUCCAACACCUUCCACGUCGUUGGGCUGUAUCUGCGCAAGGUGUACGUCACGCUGGAAAAGAUGAACUUCCAGGAGGUGAUGAGUCUGUACCGGGCCUCGGUGGCGUACUACGAUCAGGGCGUGCAGGCGCUGCAGCUGGUCGACCAGUCGAUGUCGGUCGCGGAUUGCGAGAGCUUUAUGAAGGGAACCAUGGCCGAAACGGUCGAAGCACCGCCCAACUACGGAACUGUGGCUUGCCGGUGGUCCAUCAAACAGUCGGAGCUCUUUAUCGCCCAACAAAAAUCGAUGCUCGAAGAGGACGAAGUGUCCGCCCUUCCACCGAAGGAGCUACAGCAGCGGCUCAAUGAGAUCAUCCAAGAUCGCCCGCUCUAUGCACCGGCCUACUUUCUCAGCUUCCUGAACGCAAUCCGUGUGGGCGACAUUGGCAACGCAGUGGUUGCUUUGCAUCGUUGCUUCGACCGCACGUCACCGGAAUGCUCGCGACCGAAUACAUCCGAAACGAAGGAGUUUCAGUACUCGAGCCUCAACCUUGCCAUUUUGCACGCCCAGUUUGGCCACCGAGACGCCGCAAUGAUGGCCCUCCGUGAGUGCAUAACGGUGGCACAGGAGAACGGCGACCACACGUGUCUACACCUGGCACACACCUGGCUGAACCUGCUGGACGGCUUUCGGCCACCGUUUCCGGAGCGAAUAGCCAACACUCAGCUGCUGCAUGCCUGCUCGCUGCGUGUGACGGCCCAGAUGCGUACGGCCAGCCUAAAUGGGAUAUUACCGGCCGAUGUAUUCGGAACGUUCAUGGCAAACGAUCAUCUAAAUGCGCAGAAAUCGAUGAUCGACCUGGUGGCGAAAGGUGUGGCCGAGCGGACUGCCCUCUGGACGGUGUACGGCAAACACGAACUAUCGAACCUGUGUGCACAAGUGCUGCUAAAUUCGAACCUGAAAUCCCUGGAUAGAAUGUACAAUGGGGAAGGCAUAUGCCACGUACUGUGCGCCACCGCCUUACGGCAAACGUUGCGGGGCGAUUUUGCAUUCGCCAUGGUCACGCUUAAUCAUGCCAUGACGCGGUUUCCGAGGUAUCCCAAUUCGCGCAACUGGCUCAUAACGGAUCACUUAAUUUCUGCAUAUCGCCUUCUGUAUCGUGGUCGCUGGGCAGAGGCGCGCCAGGAGUGCCUGAUGUUCCACUCCUUGGAUCCUAUCACAGCUGAUCUUAUGUUGGCCCACAUCACGCUUGCCAAGCAGGACUACGACACGGCCCAGAAGUGCAUCAGUGCGCUGCUAUCCGAUGACCAAAUUACGCCAACGACGCGCGUCCGAGCGCUCAUUCUGGCAGCGAACCUGCAAGCACAGCUCGGCAAAGCGAAUGCGUUCGAAACGCUACAUCAGGCGCAAAAAGUGACAACCCAAUACCAUCUAGAUUAUGAGCAGGCUGUGGUGGAUCUGCACAUUGCCUACUAUCUACUAAAGUUUCUGCACGCACCGCACCGUGCACUCACGUUGCUGCGCGGAUGCAUAGCGACCUUCUUAACGGAUGGAAUAGCGUACGACAGAGGCCGAGCGUUGUUUCUAUUCGGUCGCUGUAUGCUGGAGGUGGUCCGAACAGACCGCAAAAUAAGUGAUGAACCAAGCCGUAGCGCCGGGCUGCAGCAACGGAUGCAGAAGCAGCUAAACUUGGUGCUACCAAUGUUCGAGCAGGCUAUCCAGCUCUUCGAGAAGCUGGAGUGCCACAGCAAAGCAAAGGACGUGUUCAUCUACCUGGCAACCCUUUGCAAUGAGCUAGGCAUGAUAGACGAUCGGAAUGGGUACGCGUGUCGUUACCGGUUGCUCGAGACUGAACAUCAAACUCCCCGCCAGUAUCUGAAUGUGUUUCUGUAAAGUGAUGGUGCAUCGA